UCAGUUUCUUCGCGAAUUUCAACCGGAUCGGACGUAUAGGUCUCAAGUUUUACACAGAUCUUGCAUGAAAAUUAGGAUAGGUGUCAAAUUGUCGUAUGAUUUUCAGUGGUUUGUUUGUUUGGAGCGAAGCGUAAACAAAGUGACAUGAUGAGGCCCCAAUUAGUGGCGAUGGCCAUCGUCAUGGUGAUGGCGGUGAUCUGCGGCUUUGGCUCAGGUUCUGUGGUAGAAGCUCCCGCAUUAACUGAGGGCCCACCGCCCCCACCUCAUAACCGUCGACUCAACCAAACACGGUCGCGCAUGCCCAACAACUUCCGAAGUUAUACGAGCCCCACGAGUCCUCCGAAAUGCGACUACCGGGAUAUGAUGACCAAUCUGCACGAUCGCGUUGGGAUCUUGGUGACCUUGGACGAGGACCAGCGCCAUCGCCUGGAAGUGAUCGAUCAGAAAUUGGAUCAACUGGUGGCAAGCAGCUCAGCGAAAAUGGAAUCUAUGAAGGCCCAGCAACUGGACUUCAAGCAGCGAUUAGACAGUUUUGAGCACAUUCAGCGGCUUUCGAGGAAUACUUUGGAUGAGCUUAAAGGUGAAACCGAUAAAGUUUUCGGUUCCCGGCCUGUUAGAGAGCUAAAACACAAGCUAAUCAAUCGCUUAAAGAUGAACGAUUUAUCUCGGACUGCUCGCGAUGUUCCGCAGGAUCAGCAUCCCGAAUCGGGAAGUCGUGUAUUUAAUGAAUCUGAUUUGAGUCUGUCGGAUCGUCUGGAUGCCUUGGCCACUCUUUUGACCUCCACUGCACUCCAGGUCAGAUCGACACAGAUUGAAGUAAACAGUCUUGGAAGGGUUAUCAAGCGCCAAACUCGUUUGCUUCAGGGAAAAAAUAUAAAAUCGAAUGGAUCACCGUCGCCAAUCUUCUACGGACCAGCCGGAAUAGAUGGUCCUAAACCUGACCAGGAUUUGCCCCACAGCUGCAAGUACCACCUCCUGAGCAACCAGGGAAUCGUGAAGCUCCAACUCUCCCCCGAUUCGGAGUCCUUCUAUGUGGCCUGUGAUGAUGACUGGACGGUUAUUUUGAGUCGCACCUCCGAUGAUGUGAGCUUCGAACGCGGCUGGCUGGACUAUAGAGAUGGCUUUGGCAACCUGGCCGGGGAUUUCUUUAUUGGCCUAAACAAACUGCAUGCCCUGACCGCAUCGUCUUUGCAUGAACUGCGGAUCGUGUUGGUGGACUUUAUGGGCAACGAGGCGUAUGCGGAAUACUCCGUCUUUGCCAUCGGCAGCGAAAGGGAGUUGUAUCCCCUGAGUGUGUUGGGCCAGUUCCAGGAUAGCGUGGAACCCUCGGCGGGGGAUUCCCUGUCCUAUCAUGCUGGGGCCAGGUUCAGCACUGUGGAUCAAGAUAAUGACAACUGCCUCGACUGCAACUGCGCCCUGAAGCACAAGGGAGCUGGAUGGUUUAAUAAUUGCGCAACCAGCAAUUUGUUCGGUCAGUAUAUCACCCGAAGCCAAGGUCAAGCAUUGGAAACUGGCAUGUGGUGGGACACCUUCGCGGGACAGAAUUCCCUGAAGAAGGUCCGCUGGAUGAUACGUCCCGUUGCCGACUUCUCAGAUGACACCAGGCGAUAGGAUGUCGUCCAUCUAUAUCCAACUGCCAUCUCCGAAAUCAGGGAUUACCCACAAUCGCUUGCUUGCAUUUUAACCCUAGCUUUAGCUUUAAAUCUCUACGUGCGUGUGUGUUUAAUAUUUAUGGAAAAUUACUUAAUAUCUAGUUAAUACAGUAAUGUUACGAGUA